AUGGCGCCUUCAAGAAAGAAUAUUUCUGUAGCCAUGCUCCUAAUUGUCAUCGUGGCCGCUGUAUGUCCAUUAUGUUCAAUGGCGUUUGCAUGCGAGGUUCACACUGAAUGCCGGCACCUGAGCGGCAAUUAUGAAGGACCGUGCUGGGGCUUUGACGACAGUUGCGGUGACACAUGCAUAGCUGAAAGCUCCGAGAACAUGUACGGCUAUUGUGACUGCGACUUUAAAUGCUGGUGCUAUACAUGCUAG